AAGAGGAAGAAGAAGAAGGAGGAGGGGUGCUUCGGGGGUGCGGGACCAAGUCCCGAACUACUGCCAACCUGCGAAAAUGCCGGAUUAACUGUCCUUGCCUUCUCCCUUCCUUCCUCCAUUCCAUAUCUUCCUCCUCUUCUCAAAUUCCAUCCUUGCAACUGCAUUUUUUUAUUAUAAUAAAAUCGUUGUCACUAAUCUAUUGUCCACCCCUUACACGCAUCCACAUACAUUUGUUUGCACUUUGCGGGAACUUGAUUCCUCUAUUGUACAUUGCUGCCAGUAAUAAUCCAAUUACACUACAUAUUAGCUUAUAUAUGCACGUCCCUCUUGGCUGGUCUUUGCAGUUUGGCGGAUCGGGUUAUCAACUAUUAUCUCCCUUUCUCUUACACGCCAAGAUUUGACCGUAAGCCGAUCUCUCUACCAUUUCAGGAUGAGAAACAUGUUGUGGAGCCAUAUGUUGGCUUCCUCAUGAACUGGGGGAAAAUAGAUGGACUCAGCAAGAAGUUGGUUCCAGAAGUUUCAACCACGCGAGCGCUUUAAGUCAUCAUCAAAGAAGAAGGAUUCAAUGGCUAACAGUGGAAGGGAAGAUCCAAAGUCUUUAUCAUCUGAAGAUGCCUCCAAUAUAACGAAACAAAAGGUUGCCGCAGCAAAGCAAUAUAUAGAGAACCAUUACAAGGCGCAGAUGAAAAAUUUGCAAGAAAGAAGGGAGCGACGAACUCUACUGGAGAAGAAGUUGGCAGAUGCUGAUGUUUCAGAGGAAGAUCAAAAUAACCUGCUAAAAUUUCUGGAGAAGAAGGAAACUGAAUAUAUGCGUCUCCAAAGGCACAAAAUGGGGGCUGAUGACUUUGAGUUACUAACGAUGAUUGGGAAGGGUGCAUUUGGGGAGGUAAGAGUUUGUAGAGAAAAGACUACAGGUCACGUGUAUGCCAUGAAAAAGCUAAAGAAAUCAGAAAUGCUGCGUAGAGGCCAGGUUGAGCAUGUGAAAGCUGAAAGGAAUCUGCUUGCAGAGGUUGACAGCAAUUGCAUCGUCAAACUGUAUUGUUCGUUUCAAGAUGAAGAGUACCUCUAUCUCAUCAUGGAAUACUUACCCGGUGGAGAUAUGAUGACAUUACUAAUGAGAAAGGAUACCUUAACUGAGGAUGAGGCGAGAUUUUAUGUGGCAGAGACUGUUUUGGCUAUUGAAUCGAUUCAUAUACAUAACUACAUUCAUCGAGACAUUAAACCUGACAACUUGCUUCUAGAUAAAUAUGGUCACUUGAGGCUGUCAGAUUUUGGAUUGUGUAAACCAUUAGACUGCAGUACUUUGCAAGAGAAGGAUUUUUCAACAGGAGACAGCUUUAAUGGAACAUCAAGAGUUGAUGAGCAGCCUGCAGCUCCAAAACGCACGCAGCAAGAGCAACUCCAACAUUGGCAGAAAAAUAGAAGGAUGCUUGCUUAUUCGACUGUUGGUACACCUGACUAUAUUGCUCCAGAAGUUCUGCUGAAGAAAGGUUAUGGCAUGGAAUGUGAUUGGUGGUCACUUGGAGCUAUUAUGUAUGAAAUGCUCGUGGGAUAUCCACCAUUCUAUUCUGAUGAUCCUAUGUCAACAUGUAGGAAGGAAGUAAAGCCUUAUGUUAUUCAUAGGAAUUAUGAUGAUGCUCUGGCCACUCAUUUAGUUUUGUUCAAGAUUCCUGUUUCAUUUUGCCUAGUUAUUUUGGUGCUCAGAAAAUUUUAG